AGCUAUGGCAGAAGAUUUCAGUGCAAAUCUUCAUGUCGGAGCGGCUGUCGGUCAUUCUGACGACACAAGCGGAACUCUGGGCGGCCUCUUCCGAGACCGAAAGAGCGAUCCAGCAACAAAGCAUUACGGCUGCUUGGCCAAAGAUUUUCGAAGCUUGGAGGCACUGGAAGCUGCAACAAUACAAAAGGAUCCGGAAGAUGGGACCACGAAGCGUACGGACAAUGAUCAAGACAAUCCGGCCAUACCAGUCCUCGAAGAACAUGAGCAAUUGGUCGACGAUUAUAACAUGAUCUGGAACGAUCCUGCGUUCCAACGCAAUAAUCUGAAAGAAGCAAUGAAUUUUCCAGGCAUGGUGGACAUUGGGUGCAGAAGUAUGCGGUACAUGAACCCCGGCAAAGAACUACGCUGGUGGCAGAUGGUUGCAGCGCGGGCAUAGGAAAUCCCUCACCUGAAGGGUGGCAUUAUCAGCGACGAUGUCGGGACAGGCGAGACGUUAGGAGGUGCAGUCAUUAUUCUACAUGUAACCUUCUCUGCAAAUAGGGUUCCGCCAAUCUUAUGUUGCGAG